AUGUACACAGCUUUGAUAAAAAAUGGUAUUUACAUACCAGAUGAUAAUUCUGCUGCAAUAUCUAGUGAAUAUUUAUCUAAUGUAGCCUUAGGAAGAUGUUUCAAAAUUUAGUCAUAAAACUUGAGGUAAGGAUAAGUUUUGAAAAAAAUUUCUAAACUUAGAUUAUGUAUUGAAUUGGAUGGUUUUUGUUGGAAAAAAUAAUUCAACCUAGGAUUAAGCGAAGAUAGAUUACCAGAUAAAAAAUGGUUAUUGAAUUUAUUGUAUAGUUUUAAUCCAGAAAACAAAAAUCUCACAUAUUAUUAGGAUUGUGAUAAUGUUUUCGGAUUAACUAAAGACGAUUUAACUUAAAUUAUUAUAUCCUAAAAGUCUUUUGAAAUAGUUGGAUACGUCUUUGGCUCGGCAAAAAGAUAUGAAAUUUUUUAAAAUGACUUCAGAAAAACUUGUUUUGAAUCAAAUAAAAUCAACUAAGAAAAAAAUAACGAAAAUAUAAUACAAGAAUAAAUCAAAGGUUAUGAAUGGUUUUAAAAAAACAAAUUAAUCCCAAGAUUAAUAAAUUCAAGAGGUUUAGCCUACGAAAAAGCUUUCUAAGUUGUAAAGGAUGAAAUGAAUACCUAAUCAUGA